AUUUAAUAUUGGACAUCAAUUGGUUAAAUGGAAAUUUGCUUUCACAAAAAUGAAUUCAAAAUGGAUUCGAAUCCGACAUUUAUUAUUCAAUAUAAAUCAUAAAAAUAAUCAAAAAGAAGUAAUUCAAAGAUAUUUGUCCACAAAAAACAGCGAUGAUCCAAGAAUAACAGUGACUGAUGAUGGAAAAACUAUUGUUUGUUGGCAUCCCGAACAAUCGUUUCCAUAUGAACAUUCAUUGCCAUAUGAUGAUGAGUCGAUUCGUUUGAAUACCUCUUCUGCGUUGAAAGUUGAAACCAUGGAAAAAGGUGAAAAUAUUUAUCAUAAAAUGCCCGUUAAUCGUCUGGAAAUGGAAGAAUUAAGAGCAAUCACUUACACAAACAAACAUAAUUGGAAACGAAGACGGAUGGAAGGAUUACAAUUGCGACCAGCUCAUCCAAGAAAAGGAGUUUAAUAGUCAUUUUUUAUAUAUAGAAUAAUAAUUACAAAAAUACAUUAAAAUAAAAUAAAUUGAUCAUUGAUCAAUUAUGAAAUGAAAUAAAAUGAUUAUUUUCGGUGAUGUUGAGUAGAAUGAUCAUCAGAUCUGA